UGUUCCUCAGGUCCAAAACACGUUCAGACACCGUUGGUUGUUUUCAGGUCUUCCACAGCGCAAGAAAACGAGCCGAAACGCCGCCCCGUCUAAGCUAACAUGCUAACAAGCUAGCUAACCAGCGAGCUGUGUAAAUAUAGCUAACUGGUUAGCGUGUUAAGAAUUAUCGCCAGCUGAAUUGAUUCGAAUUAGGUUAACAAGCUAUGCAUUCAUUGCUUUGCAUUUGGCCAAAUUAAUACACGCCUGUAAAUAUUCGUCGUUUAGGGAGUAAGCCGCUAAGUAUUGUGUUCGAUAGGAAAAUAAUAUCUAGUUAUCAGUGUUCCCGUAUCUGUUAUGGCUUCUCUCAACAAUAGCUAUCGAUAGCUCGCAACAAGCGAAAAAGCCUAAAUAUGACUGGGGAUAUUUACUCGUAAGUUAAAUGUAAAUGAAAGGUCUAGAACACCGUCGCCAUGGAGUCUGAGACCAACUCAUUCCGCGUGGAAUUCCCAGACUUCUCGUGUUCCAUCCUGCAGAAGCUGAACCAGCAGCGGCAGCUGGGCCAGCUGUGCGACAUCACCGUGGUGAUCCAGGGCCGGCACUACCGGGCGCACCGGGCCGUGCUGGCGGCCAGCUCGCCGUACUUCUGCGACCAGGUGCUGCUGAAGAACAGCAUGCGCGUGGUGCUGCCCGACGUCAUGCACCACUGCGUGUUCGAGGGCCUGCUCCAGUCCUGCUACACGGGGAGCCUGCAGCUGCCCGCGGGCGAGGUGGUGGGGUACCUGACGGCCGCCAGCUUCCUGCAGAUGUGGCACGUGGUGGACAAGUGCACCGAGCUGCUGGGUGGCCAGCGGUCCUGCUCCGGCAGCGACCGCGACCGCCUGUCCCCCGGCGACGGCAACGACGACGACAGCGCCAGCGAGGGCCUGGAGGCGGAGCCGCACGGGGAGUUCCUCCCCGACCCCAGAGACGGCGGGGGGGAGACGGACCGGCCCACGGAGAACGGCUCGCCCGCGACGUCGUCGGAGCAGGGGGGCGGGGAGGACGGCGAAGGGGGCGGGGCCGGGGCGGGGUUCCAGUACGCCCGGCCUGCUUACAUCCAGCCCAGCAUCAUGUCCCACCGCAGGUGGAUCCAGGUGAAGGCGGAGCGGCUGGAGCAGGAGGGCUGCCAGGGCUUCUCAGGGGCGGGGGACCCUGAGGGAGCUCACGAUCCAGACUCGGGGGACCUGAGCCAGGCCUCCCCCGCCUUCGGUGCUGACCUGGAGGAGAAACUGGGCGGCAGGCCGGAGGAGCCCCUGGACUUCUAUGGAGCCUCCAUGGAGGAGUUCGGCGGCGACCAGGCCGGGGGUCCCCUAGACGUUGACGCCCUCGAAGACGACCCGGAUGGAGACGGGGGCGGAGGAGCAGGAAGCGGGGUGGACGACGGGGCGGAUCCCGCGGCCGGCCUCCACGGGGAGGCCUCGCACCAGGGCCUGGGCUCGGUCUACAAGCUGUACCCGUGCCAGUGCGGGAAGAGCUUCACCCACAAGAGCCAGCGGGACCGGCACAUGAGCAUGCACCUGGGGCUGCGGCCCUACGGCUGCGCCGUCUGCGGCAAGCGCUUCAAGAUGAAGCACCACCUGGUCGGCCACGUCAAGAUCCACACGGGCAUCAAGCCCUACGAGUGCAGCGUCUGCAGCAAGAGGUUCAUGUGGCGGGACAGCUUCAACCGCCACGUGUCCUCGUGCACCCGAGCGCACCAGGCCCGACGUGCCUCCGGCGAGCAGCCCAACCAGAUCUGCUGAUCCAGGGACCCGGGGAACAGCCUAACCACCUGAUCUGCUGUGUCCACAUGGAACAGUUAAACCAGAUCUGCUGAUCCAGGAAAUCUUGUGUACAGCUCAACCCAAGCAGAUCCGUCGAUCCAGGAACCCAAGGAACAGCCUAACCACCUGAUCUGCUGAUCCGUGUGUCCACAUGGAACAGUUAAACCAGAUCUGCUGAUCCAGGAAACCUGUGGAACAGCGUAACAAUGAGAUCUGCUCAUCCAGGACUGUGGGAAACGGCUCAACAACCUGAUCUGCUGGUCUAGGAAAUCUGGGGAAUAGCAUAAUAAUGGAAUCUGCUGAUUCUGGACCCUGGGGAACAGCUUAAAGCCAGAUCUGAUGGUCCAGGUAUCCCUAGGAAACCAUUAAACCAGGUUUGCUGAUCUAGGAAACGUUGGGAACAGCCUAACAGUACGAUCUGUAAAUCCAGGACCCCGGGGGAACAGCUCAACAGCUGUUCCCCGUAAAUCCAGGACCCCGGGGAACAGCUCAACAGCAUGAUACGCUGAUCUAGGCUGAUCCUCUCAGAUUCCGCAUCACCAGACUGACCAACACACUGACCUCCACUGCAUUAACUUUUUAACCUCGGGCACAGGGACCUCAAUGUGUGCAAGUGCUAGCUGUGCAAGUAUGGUAGUGCUGGGAGAGAGAGGUUUCCUCAAUACUAUUAUGGGCGAAGCAACAGUGAAUCCACAACUUAUUUUCAAGCAAUCAAAAAGAUUUUUUUUUUCCCUCCAUGGCAACACGCAAUGAUUGGUGGAAAGCAGCGAUGCUGAUUGUGUGUAGUUCUUCUGCCCACUUUUGGUUUCACGGAGCCUCGGUCUGCUGUCACUACAGAAGCAAAGAUAUGGAGAUUUGUACAAAACUGCAAUAUGGCACCUCUUUGAAAUUUGUGUCUGGGCCUUUCUUCCUUUGUGUAUUUCCUGGUGACAUACUUGUUUUGUUUUUUGUUUGUUUUGUUUUUAUCUCUGCUUUUCCAAAUGCAUUUUUUCCUGAUCAAAACUUCAUCAUUCUGCUCUAAGACCCCACUUAAAGUUCACACAGUAGGUCUUGAUUGUUAAGGUCAGCUCUUUAGAACAGAUGGAAUUUAUUUCUUACUACCUUUUUAUAUUUAACAGGUGACUUCCACAAAGGAAACAAGAAAUUCAUACAUCUUUCCUUCUAUAAUUUUUUUUUAUUUUAAGUUAUUUUGGGUUUGGGUGAUGUUCUAAAAAAAUAUUUCAAUAAUAAAUUAAAAAUGUACAGUUGCAUGGUCUGAUCUUCAUCUAAGUCACAAUAGACAAACACAUUCUGCUUAAUAACACACAAUCUAAACAUUCUCCAUUCAGACUGGAAAAAGUACGUGAACCCCUUUAUCUAGUAACUGGCAGGACUUUAGCAGCAGUAACCCCCAACAAAUGUUUCCUAUAGCUGCCGAUCAGACUUGCACAUUGGUUAGGAGAAAGUUUAGACCAUUCCUCCUUACAAAACUGCUUGAAUAGCUCUCUUUAGGCCAUGCCACAACAUCUCAAUUGGGUUAAGGUCUGGACUGCGACGUGGUCAUUCUAAAACAUGAUUUUUAUUGUUUAAAUCAUUCUGUUGUUGAUUUAGUCAUGUGUUUUUGGUCAUUGCCAACUUCUGUUAAGCUUCAGGUGAUGGACCGCUACCCUGACAUUCUCCUGUAAAAUUUCUUAAUUUAAUUUUGAAUUCUUUGUUGCAUCAGUGCUUGCAAUCUGUUUAGGCCCUGAAGCAGAGCAGUCCCUAACCAUGAUGCUCUCUCCACCAUGCUUCACAUUUGGGAUGAGGUUUUGGUGUUGGCGAGCAGUUCCCUCCAAACAUAGCAUUGUGCAUUUCUGCAAAAAAAGUUCCACUUUUUUCCUCAUCCGUCCAUAGAACAUUGUCACAGAAGCGUUGUGGAACAUCCAGGUGGUCUUUCAGAAACUUGACACGUGCAACAAAAAAAAAACAUUUUCAGCAUUGCACGCUGCUGUCUUUUUGUGAUCUUUGCAGUAUGCCCACUCCUAGGGAGAGUAGCAACAGUACUGAAUUUCCUCCAUUUGUAGACAGUUUGUCUUAUUGUGGAUUGAUGAACACCCAGACCUUUAGAAAGGCCUUUGUUGUCUUUUCCAGCUUUAUGCAUCUCUACCAUUCUUCUUCUAAGGUCCUCUGAAAAUUGUUUUGUUCAGGGGGUGGUUCAUCUGAACAUGUGUGAGAAGAACAGAGUCUGUCAGUAACCAAAUUUUGUGUGCCUUUUUCAUAGGGCAGGGCUCUUCCAGACCACACCUCGAAUCUCAUCUCAUUGAUUGGAACACCUGACUCCAAUAACGUUUUGGGGUAGUCAUUAGCCUCACAUACUUUUUCCAACCUAGACUGUGAAUGUUUGAAUGAUGCAUUCAGUAUUGACAAGAAGAAGUACAGUUAUUCAUUUGGAAUUAGUAUAAGCUGAUUGUGUUAGUCUAUCAUUGUGACUUAGAUGAAGAUCAGACUACAUUUAAUGAGUAAUUAAUGCAAAAAUCCAGGUAAUUCCAAAGGGAUCACAAACUUUUUCUUGCAGUUAUACAGCUGCGAAAGUAAGACUGGGCACUUAGAGUGCUGACAUAACAUGGUCAGAUGUGCAUUAAGGCCAAGGGAAUUCAAAGGAUACGUAUGUAUUAAUUUUGUAUUUGGUAGUUGAUGGAAAUUUCUGAGUACAUGGAGAUUUCAGUAUUUUUUGGUUCUCACCAGGGUUAAAAAGCUCGGAAUAAGGCAGCUGUGAUGCUAUCUUACACAAACAAACAAAAAACAGAGGAGCUGUACCAAUCAUGGAGUACAUUGAUAAGAACUAGUACAACAACCCCAGUGGUGAUUGGUUGAUACUUUCUGGCUGCUCCUGACAAUUCAUACAGGGAUCUUGGAAGUAUAGCCAGGAAGUAUCCACAAAUCAUAUUUGGUGUUGUUCUGCUCAUCGUUAAGAGUAAGGUGACAUCACAGCCAUCUUACUCCUAUUUCAUUAUCUCUGGUUUUCACUAGAGUUAGCUGGACACCGGGGAGUGUCAUUCACACUCCUCAAAAGGAUAUUACCUCGUAUGUACACCUGCAGUUCUCCUGCAGUGUUUCUAUUUACAGGGUUUACACUGAAAUCAAGUUUAUAAAUUCCAUGACUUUCCAUGUCAUUUAAAUUUUAAGGACAAAUGUUAUGAUUUUCAGGGAUUUAUUAUUGGGCCAAUAGUUAGGGCUGCUUUGAGCUAUAGGGCUACUUUUUCAAGUUGGGCAGAAAUAGCUAAGCACAUCACUACUGCCAAGACCCACCAGUAACCGAUCACUUCUGUUUGUGGAUUUUUUUUUUGCUUGUUAAUGUACAGACUGUUUGGCCUCCCGGUAACAUUGCAGGACUAGAUAUUAAGUGACGUCAAGCUAGUGAGCUAGCAGAAAAGAAUGAUUUGCAUGUUUUAAUUGAGUUUCUUUAUUUGCCUGAUUUCUGUGUUUUAAGGACAGUAGAAUAUUUGAGCACUUUUCGUUGACUUUUACAUGACUUCUGGGCCGAACAUAUUUUCAAGGAUUUUCAAGGACUGUGGGAACCCUGUAUUUAACUUAAGUAAUAUGAAAGAGUUAUAUAUUUUAGCUUAUAAUAAUAGUGUUUAUAUUGGAGAUUUCAUGUGGUUAAAUCACUAUUUCAGGAUAAAUCAAGCAUACCCUUUACAUGGGUAUGUGACCAGUGGUUCAUUUUUGUGCCAGGAAGCAAUUGAAAUAAUGUUUGCUUUUGGCAGUACUUAAUGGUGUAAGAUCUCUUGACUGAGGUUUUCUAUCAGUAAUCGGUUACAGGUAUUAAACCUCAUUGUUUGUCUUUGAAUGAGGUGACUAGAUAUUUGCAGUAUCUUGAAAAGUGUAUAGCUGAAUAUGUAGUCAUAUAGGACACGUCCUUAAUACGUAUAUAUAUUUUUGGGUAGUUACCAUAAAACAUCUGAAAAGGGACAUUCUGUAAAUAAGAGUUUUGGGAAACAAAUACAUUUCUUUUUAUACAGAUAUAUAGCCAAUAUACACUGAAACAUGUUUACAUUUCAUCUUCGCUGAUGACUGUUUUAUACGAUUGAUUUUGUCACUCUUUCUUACAUUUUAGGGAAACUCUUUCUGCUGGUGUUUAAAUGGAGCCUUUAAAGGCCUUUACAGGCUGAAGGGUGGAUGAAACUUGAUUCAAUCUACAGGUUCACCUCUAAAACAAAGCCGCGCCUGCUACAGUUAAUCCGAAAGGAUGGUUUCUUUAAAAUAAAAUCAAAAUAAACUUCUCAGGUGAUCAACCCAAAGCCAACCUUACAGUGCUAAACUGACAGUGCGGAAACGCACAGAGUAUAAUGAUCCUGCCUUCGACACGCAAAAGCUUCUACGCAUGCAUGUUUAAACAUGUAGCGUAUCUGAUAGCCUGCUUCUGCCAUGAAGAUCUUUUACAUAGUUUUCAGCUCAGCUGGUUAUGGGUAACAGUUCCAAGGUUUAGACAUUUAGUCUGCGUUCACAGACCAUUACUGAUGUUAAUAUUUUAAAAUUCUGAGUAUUCUUUGGGUCCCAAGAUCAAAUGUACAAGUUAACAAAAUCCUAUUUCUUUCUUCCAAAAGCAACUAUGAAACUAGUUUUUUUACCUAAUAUCUCUACUUCUUAGUCUCUAUCUCUGUCUGCCUCAUUCACUCACACUUGAUUUCCUAGGCAGAAGCAUUAAUAAUUAUUUUAACAGCAUGAAAAGCAAUUAUAAGGCUACAAUCUUAUUGUUCUUCCGUUUUGUGUACAAGCUUGGAUAUGCUGAUCCAAGCGGUUGAGUAUUGAUAUUCCAAUAGCCGAAUUGAUAUUUGGCCUCAAGUGAUUAUGUUGGAAUUUUUUUAAUGUCAUAAUCGGCAGUAGAGGAAAGUGCUUUGAUUUAUUUUUUUUAAGUCUCACUUUUUAUUAAGUUCAAAACUACUCUUCAUGGACUGCUUAAUGGAAUGGUUUGGUUUUUCUGUAGGUACGUUAAAAAACAGACAAUCUUGUAAAGGUGAAUUUUGGGAGCUCGGUUUUGAUUUUAGGAAAAUGUUGGUAUAAAAAAAAUCUAAUUUUAAACUGUGCACUUAAGUUGUUAAAAGCACUGCAAAUAUUGUCUGUUGUGAGGUAUAGUGAGAGGGUGGUUAAUUAUCCAGAAGGAAGUGAUAUCAGGCUGGUCAGAUAUUGUUUGCAUGGAUUUUGUUUAAUGUAUGUUCCCUUUUUUGUCAUCCUUCACUUGUACCGUUGUCCACAAAUCUGUUAAUGUUUAAAUUAGAUACUUGUACGUUUCACAGGGAUUCUUGAACACGUAAUGUGUGGUUUAAAAUCAUGAGCAGACCGUUGUAAGAAGUUCCAGCUGGGGAGUUCAUUUAGAUUACAUUAAAAUAUGAAUAAAAAAACUAUUUUGAUUCUGUCAGUGUGACAGAAAUAGUUGACUAUAUAAAUGAAGGGUGUCAUGGAAAAUACAAGAUGACCCACAAAAAGCUAAUUGUUUAUUAAAAAAAAAGGUUAAAUGAAUACAUUGAGGAGCAUGGAGAAGCAGGUUUGCAGUGCUGUCCUGUAAGGUCAAUGGCAUUAAAACUACCUCAAAAUGAUCUUUGUCUGUCCUUUGUUAAAAUGGAGUCAAUAAAAAAGAAAAAAAUGGUUUGGCUUAUCGAGUUUUUCCAGGAUACUCCUCACACUGUGGCCGUUUAGAACCUUCUUCUUAUAGAAGAAAAUUGUUACGUUUUGUGCAAAUGUGAGUUUCAGCAAUAAAUGUGUCCUUGUUUCACCCUCA